UAAAAGACGCAUUCUAGCCCAUCAUCUUCUUCCCGUUCCGACCGCUUCCCCUCUCCUCGGACACCUUCCCCCUAAUCUUCCUUUUUGUCAGAUCUGGCUCACCGUCAGGAAACUCUGGAGGAAGGAGAUCCCGGCCAUUGCGGCGUCGUACGCGCCCUCUACGAAGCCCUGCGCACCCGCGACGUGGGGACGGUCCACCGGAUCGUAGCUCCCGACCUGGAGUGGUGGUUCCACGGUCCCCCGGCGGACCAGUUCUUGAUGCGCCUCCUCACCGGAGCGCCCGGCUCAACCUCCGACGGCAGCUUCGAAUUCGUCCCCGACUCGGUCACCUCCGUCGGGUCCAUCGUCCUCGCCGAGGGCUGCGACCAGAAUCGCUCCAUCUACUGGGCCCACGCCUGGACCGUCGCCGAUGGGAUAAUCACGCAGGUGCGGGAGUACUUCAACACGUCCCUCACCGUCACGCGCCUCGGGGGCGCGAGCAGGUCCUCCUCGCCGCCGCCGCCGUCCUCCUCCGCCUUGGGGUCCGAGAUCGCUCCUGCUUCGGCACCGGCUCCGGGCUCUCAGCACUGUCCGUCGAUCUGGGAGAGCAGCCUCUCGAAUCGGGUCGGGAAGUCCGUGCCCGGCCUCGUCCUGGCGAUAUAAUAAAAUCCCCGAUCGAACUCGACCGACCUCUCGCGUGAUCCAGUGCGGCCGUUAGUAGCAGAAAAUAAAAGUCGCGCGCGUGGCAGCCGUCGGUUGCUUUUGGUCUGAAGGAUGUGAGCCGUUGGUUCGCCCCCCUUCGUCUAUAUAUUUGUGAUUGCGUAAUUUUAAAUUCGAGUGUCUUGUCGUUUCUGUUUAGCUGUCGUGUCGUUUUGGGGCCAUGGGUGGAACUGUGAUGGAGAAGCCCAUUUGGUCUUUGUCGUAUCAGGAUUUGUCGGAUGCGUGGAGUCGUCAUGGUGUAAUAAAAUCGUGUGCCUUUGCGAGCCUUGUAAACCUCGUGAUCAAUAUAUAUAUUUUUAAAUUGAAAUUUGUAGUAAA